AUGGGUGACCUGAUAUUCAUACAGGAUGGUGCACCACCCAAUUUUGCUUUUACUGUGCGUGCGUGGUUAGACCGGCAUUUUCCUGGACGUUGGAUGGGACGAUGCGGACCUCCUGAAUGGCCUCCAAGAAGUCCAGAUCUCACUGUAUGUGAGUUUUAUCUGUGGAUUUACACGAAAGAAGAGGUGUACAAGACAAAACCUCACACGGUGGCGGACUUGGAGACACGGAUUCAGGAGGUUCUCAGUCAUAUCUCAGACAACGCACUUCAGAAGGCUGUUCAUUCCAUCCCUCGCCGUUUGAGGAAACUGGUUGACGCCACCGGUGCUCACGUUGAAAUAUGA